UUACUUUUCAUGCGUCAAAGUCACGUGCAGAAUAGGAAUCGUAGGUUUCACUUUCAUUCCUCUAAAAAUCUGUUUGGAGAAGACGAAAAAUGGCUACACGAAGGGCUCUUCACUUUGUAUUUAAAGUUGGUGACAGAAAUCUUACAGCACACUUUUACAAAAAUAUUUUAGGAAUGAAGAUAUUGCGACAUGAAGAAUUUGAAGAAGGAUGCAAAGCUGCUUGUAAUGGACCUUAUGAUGGUAAAUGGAGUAAAACCAUGGUUGGCUUUGGACCAGAAGAUAAUCAUUUUGUUGCAGAACUAACGUAUAAUUAUGGAGUUAAUCAGUAUCAGUUGGGCAAUGAUUUUCUGGGCAUCACCAUCAAGUCUCAAACUGCUAUAGAAAAUGCCAAAAAUUUAAACUGGCCAGUCAAGGAGGACAAUAACUGCUAUGUGAUUGAAGCCCCUGGAGGAUACAAGUUUUAUUUGAUUAAUGAUUCUCAACCACAAGAGAAAGAUCCUGUCCAAAAAGUUACACUAGCUAGCUCUGAUUUAAAAAAAUCAGUAGAUUUUUGGCAUGGGCUUUUGGAUAUGAAAAUAUACUCCCAAGAAGAGAAAACAGCUGUCUUAGGUUACAGUGAUAAUCAGUGUAAACUGGAGUUGUGUGACAUUGGAACUGCUGUUGAUCAUGCUAAAGCCUUUGGUCGAAUUGCUUUUUCUUGCCCUGCUGAAGAGCUUCAACAGAUAGAAAGCAAAAUGAAGGAGGAAGGCCAGACAAUACUUACACCACUUGUCAGUCUGGACACACCUGGCAAAGCUACGGUACAAGUCGUGAUUUUGGCUGAUCCAGAUGGCCACGAAAUCUGUUUUGUUGGAAAUGAAGCUUUCUGUGAACUGUCUAAAGUUGACCCUAAAGCUGACCAACUCCUUGAAGAAGCAAUGGCUGCAGACAAAAGUGAUGAAUGGUUUGCAAAAAAGGGAAUAUCCAAAGCUCAAGCUUGAACAAAUUCAUGAAGCUAACUUAAUCAGACCGAAUUUGAGGAUUUGCAUUAAUUAUGUAACAUUUUAUGCUGACAUCCUAAAUCUUUUUGGAAAAAUUGUAUUUGUGUGUACUAUAAAGACAUUUUCAAUGGCUUAAAACCCUUGAGAAAAUAGCUAUCUAAUUUUGCUCAAUCUUCAUUUUGUUGGAAAUGGGUUAUUUUUUUAUAUAAUUUUUUUUUGUAUUACCAAAAUGCAAUAUAAAUUUUGUAUUUGUCUUGUAGGGAACUGUAUAUUUUCUGUAAGCAGCUUGCAUUUAUUUAAUUUUUAAUCUUUAGCCCAAACAUUAUAUAAUAAUUAAUAACAACAACUUAUUUGUACUGUUGACACGUUACUGGAGAAAAAAAAAUACUUCAUUACUCCUUAUUCACUUCUUUGGGGAAAAAAUGUAAUACAGUGUCCUUACUUAUUAGUUAAUAAUAAAAUAAAAAAAUUAGCAUGUCA